AUGAAUUCUAGUGAAGAAGGUGAUGAUGAUCAUGAUCAAGGAAAAAAACGUUCUUAUGAAUGUACAUAUUGCAAAAGAGGUUUCACAAAUGCUCAAGCUUUAGGUGGUCACAUGAAUAUUCAUAGGAAAGACAGAGCAAAAAGUAACAAAAAACCACAAAUUUCAAACAAAUUCUUCACCAAUGAUGAAACUACUUCUGUGGCUUUUCCUUUUGUUUCAGCAAAUUCUUCACCUAUGAGGCAAAUGCAACAAUAUUUACCAACAACGACAACAAAUUAUCUUGUUGAAAAUUACCAACCUUCAAAUGUGCAUGGUUUUGGAUAUGAUCAUCCAAGAUCUUCUUCAUCCAAUUGGUCUAACUUUCAUUUUAAUCAAGAGCUUCAGGGUCCUAAUUUGAGUCUUCAAAUUGGUCCAAGUCAUGAUCAAAUAAUUAGGAGAGGAAAUCAAGAAGAAAAUGAAGUUGAUUUGGAGCUGAGGCUUGGACAUGAUCCAUGAUGAUUCAUAGUUUCAUAUAUUAAUUUGAGUCUUCUUUUAAGGUAUAUUAACGUAUUCACAUUUCCUUAAUUAUUUUGUGUGAUUAGAAGAAGAGAAAUAUGAAUAGAUAUAAUCCACAUUGAUUCAUAGA